GGAGCCGCGGCGCCCCGUCGCGGCGCGCGGGAGCAGGUGGGGGAGCUGCGCGUUAGCGCGCGGGAGCGCCCAGGGGAGGAGGCGGCCGCUACACCUAGGGCUCGGAGGAGCGCCCCGGGCUUGGCGCGGGCGGAGCCGCCUUAAGGGCAGCGCGUGUCCCCGGCCUCGGCCCCGCCCCGCCCCGUCCAAUGAGAGCUCGCGGCCGAAGGGGCUGUCCGCACACUGGGCCCGCAGCUCCCUUCCGCGCUGCAGACCCCCUGACACCGCACUGCGUGCUCGGGCAGCGCGCCCCUUUACCCCGGGUUCGGAGCGCAGUCGUCGGCUUCCGGACACCGCAACUUGCGCCUCUCUCCGGGACCUUGCUCCCAGGCUUUGGACCCCAGGUGACCCUAGGUCCGCAGCCGCCGGUGAACCCCAUGGGCCCCCGGGGGCGUGAGGUAGGAGCGGCCUGAGUAACCUCAGAAGGUGCCCCGUCCACGCCCCUCCGGGCUGCGGGGCGGGAGUCUUCGGGGAGCUAUGCUGAGACCGGGUGGUGCGGAGGAAGCUGCGCAGCUCCCCAUUCGGCGCGCCCGCGCCCUGGUCCCGGUGCCCUCGCCCAGACCCGCGGCCCCCGACGGCUCCCGGGCAUCAGCCCGCUUAGGUCUUGCCUGCUUUCUGCUCCUGCUGCUGCUGACGCUGCCGGCCCGCGUAGACACGUCCUGGUGGUACAUUGGGGCACUGGGGGCCCGAGUGAUCUGUGACAAUAUCCCUGGUUUGGUGAGCCGGCAGCGGCAGCUGUGCCAGCGUUACCCAGACAUCAUGCGUUCAGUGGGCGAGGGUGCCCGAGAAUGGAUCCGAGAGUGUCAGCACCAAUUCCGCCACCACCGCUGGAACUGUACCACUGUGGACCGGGACCACACCGUCUUUGGCCGUGUCAUGCUCAGAAGUAGCCGAGAGGCAGCUUUUGUAUAUGCCAUCUCAUCAGCAGGAGUAGUCCACGCUAUUACUCGUGCCUGUAGCCAGGGUGAAUUAAGUGUGUGCAGCUGUGACCCCUACACCCGUGGCCGACACCAUGACCAGCGUGGGGACUUUGACUGGGGUGGCUGCAGUGACAACAUCCACUAUGGUGUCCGUUUUGCGAAGGCCUUCGUAGAUGCCAAGGAGAAGAGGCUUAAGGAUGCCCGGGCCCUCAUGAACUUACAUAAUAACCGCUGUGGUCGCACGGCUGUGCGGCGAUUUCUGAAGCUGGAGUGUAAGUGCCAUGGCGUGAGUGGUUCCUGUACUCUGCGUACCUGCUGGCGUGCACUCUCAGAUUUCCGCCGCACAGGUGAUUACCUGCGGCGGCGCUAUGAUGGGGCUGUGCAGGUGAUGGCCACCCAGGACGGUGCCAACUUCACUGCAGCCCGCCAAGGCUAUCGCCGUGCCACUCGGACUGAUCUUGUCUACUUUGACAACUCCCCAGAUUACUGUGUCUUGGACAAGGCUGCAGGUUCCCUAGGCACUGCAGGCCGUGUCUGCAGCAAGACAUCAAAAGGAACAGAUGGUUGUGAAAUCAUGUGCUGUGGCCGAGGGUACGACACAACUCGAGUCACCCGUGUUACCCAGUGUGAGUGCAAAUUCCACUGGUGCUGUGCUGUGCGGUGCAAGGAAUGCAGAGACAUUGUGGAUGUCCAUACUUGCAAGGCCCCCAAGAAGGCAGAGUGGCUGGACCAGACCUGAACACACUGAUACCUCACUCAUCCCUCCAAUUCGAGCCUCUCAACUCAAAAGCACAAGAUCCUUGCAUGCACGCCUUCCUCCAUCCUCCACCCUGGGCUGCUGCAGCUUCUAUUUAAGGAUGUAGAGAGUAAUCCAUAGGGACCAUGGUGUCCUGGCUGGUUCCUCAGCCCUGGGAAGGAGUUGACAGGGGAUACAAGAACCUGAUCAAGCUCCCUGAUUUCCCCCUCUGGAGAUGUGAAGGGAGAGUAGAAAAGAUAGGGGGUCUUUAGAGUGAAAUGAGUUGCACUGAAGUACGUAGUUGAGGCUCCUUUUUUCUUUUCUUUGUACCAGCUUCCUGAUACUCCCUUGGUGUGCAAAAGGAAGGGUACCUAUAGAGAGCUUCUUUUUGUUUCUACCUGGCCAAAGUUAGAUAGGACAAAGAUGAAACAGCAUGUCGCUUCUUGAAGUCAGUUUGAGCAGACUACCUGGUACCCCACAAGAAAAUCUUAGGCUACCACAUUCUAGUAUUGAGAGCCUGAGAUGUUAGCCAUAGUAUACAAGGUUCUGUUCACAUGCUCAUAUGUUUAUAAACUGCUGAGUUUUGUAGAAGAAAAAAAAUCAUAACUAUACAAACACACAUUCACUCUCUUUUUUCUCUUUUUCUCUCUACCAUUCUCAACCUGUAUUGGACAGCACUGCCUCUUUUGCUCAUUUGCUGCCCGUUCAAACUGAGGUGGAAUGCAGUGAUUCCCAUGCCUAACAGAUCAUUAGAAUACCCUAGAAUACUCCUAGGAUAGAGAAAGUUAAGUCUGGCCAGGCCUUGGGUUUUUGUUUUUUUCUUUCCAUGCAUUAUUCUGGAGGUUAGCCAGGUUUGGGGAAAUACGGAAUAAAAUAUAGGCAACUCAUGGACGGUGGGAGAGGGGGCAAGCAGGUCUGAUCUCAAGGGCCCACAUAAGGCAUCAGUGAAUACUAGGCAGGUAGGGAUCUCUGGCUUUGGUAAUUCUUCAUGAGAGGAUCCUAGCCUUUGAAGCUGGGAGCAGGAAUUAGUGGCUAUAGUGGGAAGGAGUGCUGGGGCUUGAGGCCAAAGUGAUACACAGCUUAGAAGGCAGCCUUCCUCCAUUUACUCAACAAAUCUUUAUUUAGUGACUCUCCAAGUCCUGGUGAUUAUUAUUAACUCCACAUUUGGCUUAAAUAGAGGAGGGUUUCUUCUACGCUAUUAGCCGUUGCCUAGCUAGGUUUGCAGUAGUGGGAUCUCCAGAGAUAGCAGGCUCAGUAAGCUGGAGGGUAGGACACGAAGUCCCCCAAACCUUGAUGUCCUAUCUUUAUGUGACUUGGACAGUGGUUAUCUUUUGCCUGUUGAUAUUUUAAAGUAGUGGAGUAGUAUAGAAAUUUGCAGUUAUGACAUUUCUGGGUUAAACAUCACAGCUGUGCCACUUGCUUUUGAUAUUUUGAGCAAGGUAGCUAAAUUUUCUGAGCUUCCAUUUUCUCAUCUGCAAAAGGAGGAUACAUACCUGUUCUUUUUUUCAUUUCUUUUUUUUAGAGAUAGGGUCUCACUCUGUUGCCCAGGCUGGAGUGCACUGGCACAAACAUGGCUCACUGCAGCCUCAAAUUCCCAGGCUCAAGCAAUCCUUCCACUUCAGCCUCCCCACUAGCUGGGACUACAGGGACAUGCCCCCAUACCUGGCUAAUUUAAACUAAGUUUUCAGAGAUGGAGCUCGCUGUGUUGCCUAGGCUGGUCUUGAAUUCCUGGUUUCAAGCAAUCCUCCCACUGCAGCCUUCCAAAGUGCUGGGCGUACAAGCAUAAGCUACUGUGCCCAGCUGUCAGAUACUAAGCCUUACUUAUGCCCCAAACUCCAGCCCACAGAUACUCUUCACCAAAGCCCCUGGCUGCUCUAGCCCAUCAUGACUUCUCUAGGAACAGUCCUUCAUUAGGACUAUAAAGUAUUGACAAAAGUCUGUAGAUUAAGGGGCCUGCAUAAAAUUCUGGCUAUAGGCCCCUUUCUUUCCCAAGUUCCUCUCAAACAUUCCUUGGGGUCCUCAUAUGUUUUUGAAGCAGCUUCACUCUGCACAGGCAGCAGGAGGUUGGGGGAGCCAUAGCUCUGGGCUAUGGGGGCAGAUUUAUUUGGAUGAUAGGACUAAUAUUUGUGUAACCUGCUGAGACCUGUGUGGGAGAGUUUAGGGUGGAUUUUCUUUUGGUGAGGGGAUUUGCUCUGGUUUCACAUCCAUUAACACAAAACAUGAGCUAGUCAGGGCCCUUGUGGUCUGCGGAGAGGGGAUGGCUGUGGAGAAAUGGGCCUGAGUGAGUCAGGCUGAGAGAAUGUCUUCCUUCAGAGUGGAGUUAACUGGAUAACCGAUGAGCCAAUCGUGGGAUUAAGGGGGGGAAAUGGGAGGGGAAGAGAAGAGCUAACAUCUUGAGGAAAGCUCUGGGGUAGUGGAGAGGUAAGGGGAUCAUGGUCAGUCUGAAUGUAACAGUAGGGCUGAAUGAACUUACCAAAGGAGGCUGCCUUAUAUUAUAUGCCAGGCUGCUGGGGAAAGGCUCAGGUCCUAGCCAGCCCCUGU